AUGGAGAAGGACCUCUUCUCUCUGAAUAGCGUUACUGCGGCAUGGCUGAACCCCAGCUCCACCGCCUGGAUGACAGACAUCAUCUUGGGCUUCGUGUGUGGACUGGUUCUCUUCCUCUUGUUACUCCCCUACUUUGUCAGGGAUCUUUCCUCACCCCCACCUGGCCAGAAAAGAAUCAUCAGGAAGCGUCCAGUGGACAAGAGGAGGAGGCCCAGGAGCAGGAAGAAAAGCUGUGCUUUGAAAGCUUGUAGGGACUGCCUGAGGGAACUGAAGGGAGCUCGGGACCUGAUUUUACUUCUGCAGAGCCACCUGGGGAAGCUCCCUGACAAGGGGAGCUCUUGUCAGGUCUCAUGUGGGCACCCCCCGGGGAAGGUGUGUACACCAGCGCCUGCCAGCACCCACCGACUGCAUGGGGUGCCUGUGGAAGAUGCUUCUCCUACCACUUUACCCACAUUGGCUACCCCUACUCUACCUCUGGCCUCUACCCUGUCAGGAGGACCUCAGGGAGAGCAGUCUGACUUGAAGAGAGUCCACCCAGGUGCUGUCCCAGAGAACUCACCUCCAGGCUGCUCUUUUUUGGCCUCUCCUAUCUGGGCUACCUUGGGCCUUGAACACACCAUUUUGUUCCUGUCCUGGUGGUGGGCAGCUGCCAAGGCUCUGUUCUUCCCCACCUCACACCGCAGGAUAUCCCAGAACCCUCUUUUCCACCCUACACCAGAGGCUCGGUUCUGGGGAACCCCCAAACUCAGGCAGAUGGAGCCUGGCAGCUCCGCUUUCCUCCACCCUGAGGUCCUGAGGCUGCUGGAGAUGCCCAUCACCAAGAGAGCAGAGGUGAAGCUGUGGGCAGGGAAAGACGGGGAGGGGCCGCUUCUGACCCAAACCAGCCCAGACUCUCCCAGAGGCUCUCUGGGGAACAUGCUAAAGUCACUGCACAGGGAAUGGGACACCAUGGCCCCACACAACUUUUGGAAUAUGGAAGACAAACCAGAGCAGCUGCCAGGUCAUCAGCAACUAUCCCAUUCCAAGGCCAUGGGGGACCAUUUACAGCAGAAAUGCAGCCAGCUCUUCUGGGGCCUCCCCUCUCUGCACAGUGAGUCCCUGGUGGCUACUGCCUGGGUCUCUAGGACGUCUUCUUCAAAACCACCUCUCUCUGUCUCAUUUAAUGCAGUUCAGACUUGGUCUGAAGCACCUACACAGUGUCACAGGGCCCGUCACAGGGCCCAGCCCAGGCCCCACCACAUGGCCCAGGCCCAGCCCCAGCUCCCGCCCCCACCUCCGGAUGAGGCCCAUGUCCAGACCUGCCUCCCACCCUGUCCCCCAGACAUGCUGUACUUCUCUCCACCCCAGAUUAAAGGGGACCUUACAGCAGGCUGUAGAACAACCUGCCCUUCAUCUCAGGAGAAGGCACGAUUCCUCCCAGCCAAAAGUGAACACCUGGAAUGGCAUUUGCAGAAGCGACAGAAAUGGAAGAGGAUUAUACCCUCUUUGAUCCAAAACUCCCAGAUAAUCUUUAGCCAACACACUCCCCAGGAUGGCUGGGCCUCCAUGAGCCACAAGUCAGUCUCCACCCUUCCUGGGGCUUUCUUGGGUCCUAAGUACCAGAAUCAGCAGGAUCAACAUACUCGGAGUUUCAUCCCAGAUGAACUUCAGUCAGGCCCUUCCUGGAGAUCCCAAGCAUCUAGGGAACUGAUUCAGCUUCAGGAGGAAUUCCUGGGGAGGGGUCAGUCCCAGCCUCCUGUGUUUGCUGCAGGAGAAAGCAGCAAGGAGGUACAGAAGAUGGGAUCCAGGUUCUCGGAAAGAUCCUCUUGGAAAGGCUCCAAGAGGGUCAAAGAAGAUAACAACUCAAGUGGGGAUCUAGGGCAAGAUCUGAAGGGGGACCCAGAAGAUCCGUGCACGGGUUCAAGAUGCACCUCAGUGAAGAUUCUGGCGGAUGACGAGGAGGAGUCAGAGAGGGACUGGAUUAGGCUCCAGAAGUAUAAAUCAAAUAAUUACCUUCUCAGUAUCCCAGAGAAGCAGGGUGUUGGAACAAACCUGAGGUCUCAUUUGGACCAGAAGUUAGAGGAGAUCAGUGAGGGCACAAUCCCUGUGAGUGUGUGUCGGUCCUGGCUUAUUGCCAGCCAUGCUAUUGCCCACUCUGACCCCUGCACAAAGCCCAGAAACCUAGCAUCCUGGAGGAAAUGCCAUGUGGACACCACCCAGGGCAUUUCUUUCCUAGAUCUGUGUACUCAACAGGUACUAGAAGCACAUGUUACAAGGUAUCAGGAGCCACACAGGUGGGGUUGUGACCUCAAGUUCCUUGAGCCCAUAAAUCUCAAGGCUCAACACCGGUCCUGUCCACAUUCUGCUUUUCCCUCCCGGGACCAUGGUGAUUUGGGGGAUGAUUCCAAAGCUGAGGUUGCUGGUGUCCUGGGAGAGCAUCCUUGGAAAGACCAAGGAGAGAAGGUGGUAAGAAAAAACUCCGUCCGCACUCUGACUCAUGUUCUCUCCGCUUCAUCACCUGUGGAUGAAGACACUCAGAAGGAUCUGAGAGGGACCCAGUCUCUUGGCACCCAUGGGAACCCAAAAGCACCUCUGACUGCACAGGAGUGCAGGUGGCCUUCUCAGCCCCUCACCUGCAGCCCAGUGAGCAGCACCUGGCAGAGCACUGCUGUCCUGGGGGCUGAGAGAGGAAGCCUAGAGCCUAGCCCAGCAAUGGCCAGGUGUAAGCGAGGAGAGAAGGAGAGUGUGGCCUCAGGGGACUCCUGCAGCAGCACAGCAGCACAACAGUUAAGCAGAAGGUCCCAAUCUUCAAGAGCCAAGGAGCCCAGGGAGCCAGUGGAGGCCAAGAAGGGAAAGCCCCCUGCUUGGGAAGUCAACCUGAAGGCUGGCCUGAAGGCCAACUCCCAAACCACUAACAUGAAUCUCAAUUCUGGGUGUCAGGGGACCAACAUCUUCACACGAUCUAGGAUGUCUGCUACCCAGGAUCUGGGAGAGCUGCACCUCAAAACAAAGGUUGUGAGUAAGUUUGAAUUCAAAAUGGAGGUAGAGAAAGAGAAACAGCUUCAAGGCCCUGCCACUGGUGUCCUCCUCCAAGACUAUAGCACUGGCCUUUGCUUUAGAGGCUGUGACACCAACAUGAUACCUCCUACAGACAUUUUGCCUUCCCAAGACCCUCUGUCUGGUUCCCAGAAUGUGUUCAAUACAGACACAUCAGCUUCUCAGGGGCUAUGUGACCCCACAUGGAAGGGAGGCAGUAGCCAGGGGCAGCAGGUGCCCAGGAGUCUCAAAAUCAAGGCCUCAUGGAAGAGUCACAACAAGAUGUUUGGGCCUCUUGACAAGAGAGAGCGCUAUGGGAGGCCCAAAGCAGGGGAGCAGAAACCAAGGUCUGCAGUACCCAGGGCCUCCCAAGCUAGUGGGCUAAGCCACCCUGCCCAGUUCAGGGAGAUGGGAGAAACCUGGAGCAAACACUUUCAGUUCCUUCCAGAGAAAGGACAGAAACCUCUAAAAAGCUGCUCCAAACAGCAGAAAACAGUCAGUCAUGGCCUGUGGGGUCUUGACCCCAGUGAAAAAGGCAGAAGGCAGGAAGAUCCCCUGCAGAAGGGCAAGCCUAAAUCAGUCACUGCCCAGAGCCGGGGGACAGCCACAGGAAGGUUGUCCAGCAGUGCUCCUCAAGUCCAGGCAAUUGUUUCACUUGUCACACAGAUCCUAGUGGACAAACUGGGGCUUUGUCAAGGACAUGGUCAAGAUUUCAAUCACCACAAAGAGGAAAUCCGAGCCCCAGUGGGUGGGCAUUCCUGCCACCCCUGGGGUCCCUCCCAGCCAGAGCAAAGGAGAGUAUUGGAAGAGAAGGCCUACAGUCACCAUGCCACCCCCAUGGGCCACUGCCGUUCUGUUGAGAACAGGUGGGUCCGAGACAGAGACAGCUAUUUGGCCUCCCAUCCCAGGGAGCCUGUGCCCUCAGCCAGUCCCUGCCAGCAUGGGCUAAGGGUGGCAAGAGCCUUGAACCACCCUCACUAUUAG